AGCCACUUUCUGCCCGGACCAGACUUCGCACAACUUGGGCCCCCUCUUUUUCCUUUUUCCCCUCCCCUUCACUCUUCUCUCUCUUUGCGUCAUUUGGGAACAAUUGGGGUUCUUGCUGCUUUGACACCGCCUACACCCCUCCUGCGGUUCUCAAUACCCCUCUUAGCCACUUCCCGAACCCCUGCUUGACCACUCCCGGAAACUACUCGCCCGUCAUGUCGGGGAAAAUGACAUUGUAUAAGUUGGUGGUGCUGGGCGAUGGAGGUGUGGGAAAAACUGCUCUCACCAUUCAGCUAUGUCUCAACCACUUCGUCGAAACCUACGAUCCCACCAUCGAAGACUCCUAUCGCAAACAAGUCGUCAUUGAUCAACAGUCGUGUAUGCUCGAGGUGCUGGACACGGCGGGCCAGGAGGAGUACACCGCACUGCGGGAUCAGUGGAUUCGGGAUGGAGAGGGCUUCGUACUGGUCUACAGCAUCACAUCGCGCGCCUCCUUUUCGCGUAUCACCAAGUUUUACAACCAGAUCAAGAUGGUCAAGGAGUCAUCCAGUUCCGGCUCGCCCUCCGGCCCCAGUUACUUGAGCUCCCCCAUGCAAGCACCCGGAGGUCCGUCGCGGCCCGUGCCCGUAAUGCUAGUCGGCAACAAGAGCGAUAAGGCUGUGGAGCGUGCGGUUUCCGCACAAGAGGGACAAGCACUCGCUAAAGAGCUGGGAUGUGAAUUUGUCGAGGCCUCCGCAAAGAACUGCAUCAACGUCGAGAAGGCCUUCUACGAUGUCGUUCGCAUGCUGCGCCAACAACGGCUACAGCAGCCGGGUCGGAAUCAGGACCGUCGCCAGCCUGGAGGUCGCGACCGCGACGCUGGCCCUGAAUAUCCCAAGUCUUUUCGUCCGGAUCGGUCGAGACAUCGCAGCCGACUCCAGUGCAACAUCCUGUGAUCGGCCGGGUCCGUCCGGGGGAAAGGAGAGCAUUGAAUAUCUUGUGAUAGCCAUGUUGAUGCUCUCGUUUGCUUCUUUUUAUUUCCUAUCUCUUUCUUUCCUAUUGGUCUUGGGUGCAUCUGGAAGGGUGGUUCUGUCUUUUGGUUACGACCUUGUUCGGCGUCAGGCCUCUUCUCUCGCUUCCUCUCCUCACAUAUACACAAACACACACUCACAACACCAUUUUUCAUCUCUUUCGCUUUGCUCGCCAUUCCAGAGCCCCUAUGGGUGGAGACUAGUGUCUCUUUCAGCUCCCACACACCUCUUGCCGAUCCCUCUUGAUUUGGGCCAUUGAGGGGGGGCACCCCGCCACUUGAGCUGCGGGAUCCACCGCACGACGCUGGUUUGCACACCUUUCACCAGCUCUCCACCCCCCACCAAUUUGUGGGAGGCAAUCACCUAGUGUUUACAGCGAAGGAUGAUUGGGGGUUGUCUUGCAUUCCAUUGGAGCACCCGACGCCACAAACAACCAAAAAAAAAAAAUUCUUUGGCAACGAAGCCAGAAGAUCGCAGUCGCGCAUUAGCAGGCAUUUCGAUAUGAUACCCUACGACUGAGCUUGUUUAUCUUUCUUUUGAUUUUUUGUCGGCCAUUUAAGCAAGUAUAUAGACAAUACAGAUCUUUCUAUCUAAUGGUC